CAAGCCGGGCCUCGGCGCGCCUUGUGUGGUAACACGCUCAGCCGCUGCCACGCUAUUUAAACGCGGGUUAUGGAUCCAGGAACCGGCGCGAAUCAAUGAGAUCAAACGCGAGGGAGAUGCACCGUCAAUUACAAGCACUUGGACAAGUCUAACUUUUUCUUCUUUUACAAAUACGCUUUCAAAAGCAACCUUAGCAAUGCCCAAAUAAGAAGCCACCUCUAAGCAAAAUAGUAUAUAUAAAGGGAGGGCGAAUAUAUAUAUUUAUAAAAAGUAUAUAUAUAAAUAUAUUACAGGCGUACAGGUUUACACCCGGUGAAUUUUUUUUCUUUUUUUUUUUAAACGAGUGGCAUUGCAGAGGAGGACUCUUCCUCUCUAUCUUUUGGCGAGUUAGUGAAGGGGGUAUUCUGUUUUCUUAGAGCGCCCAAGGGGGCGCAGGGACCUCGGAGAGAAGAGUGGGGAGGAAAGAGGAAGGGUCGGUGGGGGGCAGAGGGCGAGUCCGCAGCGAGGGCAGGCGCUUUCCUGCGGCACGAUGCCGUCCCUGCUGGUGCUCACUUUCUCCGCGUGCGUCCUGCUCGGUUGGGCGUUGCUGGCCGGCUGCACGGGUGGCGGUGUCGGCGGGGGCGCGGGCCCGGGCGGCGGGCGCCGGGAAAGAGAGGCGCUGCCGCCGCAGAAGAUCGAGGUGCUGGUGCUGUUGCCCCAGGACGACUCGUACCUGUUCUCCCUGGCUCGGGUUCGGCCGGCCAUCGAAUACGCGCUGCGCAGCGUGGAGGGCAACGGGACCGGGCGGCGGCUUCUGCCACCCGGCACUCGCUUCCAGGUGGCCUACGAAGACUCGGACUGCGGCAACCGCGCACUCUUCAGUCUGGUGGACCGCGUGGCGGCGGCGCGGGGCGCCAAGCCCGACCUCAUCCUGGGGCCUGUGUGCGAGUACGCGGCGGCGCCGGUGGCCCGGCUAGCGUCGCACUGGGACCUACCCAUGCUGUCGGCCGGGGCACUGGCAGCCGGCUUCCGGCAUAAGGACACGGAGUACUCGCACCUCACGCGCGUGGCGCCCGCGUACGCCAAGAUGGGCGAGAUGAUGCUCGCCCUGUUCCGCCACCACCAGUGGAGCCGCGCCGUGCUGGUCUACAGCGACGACAAGCUGGAGCGGAACUGCUACUUCACCCUCGAGGGGGUCCAUGAGGUCUUCCAGGAGGAAGGCUUGCACACGUCCGCCUACAAUUUUGAUGAGACCAAAGACUUGGAUGUGGACGACAUCGUGCGCUACAUCCAGGCCAGUGAGCGAGUGGUGAUCAUGUGUGCGAGCGGCGACACCAUCCGGGGCAUCAUGCUGGCGGCGCACAGGCACGGGAUGACCAGCGGAGACUAUGCCUUCUUCAACAUCGAGCUCUUCAACAGCUCUUCCUACGGAGAUGGCUCGUGGAAGAGAGGAGACAAACACGACUUUGAAGCUAAGCAAGCGUACUCAUCCCUCCAAACAAUCACUCUACUGAGGACAGUGAAACCUGAGUUUGAGAAGUUUUCCAUGGAGGUGAAAAGUUCUGUUGAGAAGCAAGGGCUCAGUGAGGAGGACUACGUUAACAUGUUUGUUGAAGGAUUCCAUGAUGCCAUCCUCCUCUACGUCCUGGCUUUACAUGAAGUACUCAGAGCUGGUUACAGUAAGAAGGAUGGAGGGAAAAUUAUCCAGCAGACUUGGAACAGAACAUUUGAAGGUAUUGCCGGGCAGGUGUCCAUAGAUGCCAGCGGAGACCGGUACGGGGAUUUCUCCGUGAUUGCCAUGACCGACACGGAGGCGGGCACCCAGGAGGUUAUUGGUGAUUACUUUGGAAAAGAAGGUCGUUUUGAAAUGCGGCCGAAUGUCAAAUAUCCUUGGGGACCUUUAAAGCUGAGAAUAGAUGAAACCAGAAUGGUGGAGCACACAAACAGCUCUCCUUGCAAAGCAUCAGGUGGCCUAGAAGAGUCAGCGGUGACAGGAAUUGUUGUGGGAGCCUUACUAGGAGCUGGUUUGCUAAUGGCCUUCUACUUUUUCAGGAAAAAAUACAGAAUAACCAUUGAGAGGCGAAACCAGCAAGAAGAAAGCAACGUUGGAAAACAUCGGGAGUUACGGGAAGAUUCCAUCAGAUCCCAUUUUUCGGUGGCUUAAAAGGAAGCCUAUUCUUUUGGCUUGAGAUUCUUUAAGGAGAUAAAUGGGAUGAAAGACCAAUGGAACAGAAGGGGCGCUCUUGAAAAACUCAUUCUUUUAAGCAGUUAGUCAUUUCAUUGUAAAAUUUCUUCAGAAGCUCAGGAACUGUUAUUAAUUGCCAUAUGCCUCCCGGCCUUUCAUCUCAUGACAAACAAAUAUAAGAAUAUAAUGUCACUUUGUUAAAUGUUCAUACUUUUUCAAGGGCACAUGAUCAGAUUUAUGUUUUGAAGGUCUGAUGUCUCCAUAUCUUGAUGGCUUUUGUGGGGAUUUUAUGCAAGGCUAUAAAAUGUGUUUUUCUUAAAUGAAAUGUUUUAUAGCUAGAAUAAAAUAAUUUUUACAAGUAGAAUAUUCUUGAAAAGAAUUUAACCCCAAGAAGAAGAAAACAUAAUGAAAAAUCUCAAGGUAGGAAAUACAUCAUUCCUUUGUCUAGUGCUGGUGGACAGAUCUGAAGUUGAAAACUGCUCUGUCCGAUGUAUACAUUCAGGUCCUGACUUCAUAUCUCGAAAAAGAAUCCCCCCCUGCCCCCCGUCUCCUUCAGCAUCUCAUGAAAGCUACUCUGGAAAGUUGCAACUAUUAAUAAGUUAAGAGGAUUUAUACAAGAAAAGCAAAUCUAAGAGGUUUCAUUUUUUAAUAUAAAAAAGCCCUAUUUCACACUAACACUUUAUUUUUAAGUAUUUUAAUCUUAUAUUUUACUAUUAGAAAAUGUGUCUAUUUUUUCAUUUUGAAGAUUAAAUUUCACUUAUAUUUUAAAAGCAUGGGUAAAGUGUACAACAAACCAAUAAUGAUGAAAGAUGCCUCUCUUUUUCUCCGUGUUUUCCUCUUCCCCGUGGCUGUAGCCCAAUACGAAUUGCUGCUUUAAUUACAGAGAUCUGGAAAUGUAUUCAGAUUAUAGACUCUACAGGAAUACAUCAAUUUACCUGUUUUAAAUGCAACUUGUUUUAGUGAUAGACUCCUUCCAGUUCUGGCCAGUGAUGAGUAUCAAGACCAAGGAUGAAAUUUAAUAGAAUUAAGUCAGGUUUUAUAAAAGGGAGGCGGUCCUUUUUUUCUCAAGAAGAACUUUAUAGAGUUAGAACUUGACAGUAGCACAGAAACGAUACAUUUAAUAAAUGACAUUUUUCCAAAAUUCACAAUGAUGAUUUUGGUUAAAAGAGGGAAUCUAAAUAGCUACUAUCUUCCCUUUUAGUAAACUCCAGAGAGGCUUGCAGUCAUCCACUAAUAACCCAUGUAACAGGGGUGGGGAUAUGAGGAAUUUGGACAGGGUUGAAUAAGUAUAUACCAAAUCCCUACUUUGUGCCUAGUACUCUGCUCAUGGGUUUAAACUCAGGUUGCCGCUUUCAUGUAUAAUUUGUGGAGAAAAUAGACAGUGAGGGAAGAAUGGGAAGUUGCCAGAUCAGUGUACCAUCUUAUCAUGACGUCACAAAGGUCUUUCCUCAAUAAUGUUUUGAGCAGCUGGAAAAUAGUUUUAAAAAUUAUCUUAAUGUCUGGAAAAGACCAUCUAUAGGAGGAAAAUAGGGCAGUUUAAGAAAAUAGGGGAAUACCGGAAUUGGAGCAAUUCCUAGGUAGUGAUGGAGGCUGUGGUUCACUAGUAAUGGUGGAGAUGAGGCAGGGCGAGUGAGAGCCGUGUGUCCUGGAAGUUGGCCUGAGCUUGCUUCCCUGGAGGCGUCCGCCACUCCUACUUCAACCAGUCAAAGUGAAUGGAUUAUUUCUGCGUGAGGCAAUUCCCCCUCUAUUGCUUAAAAAUGGAACGCAGGCAGUUGGAGAACAUGAUAAAAGAAUGAACUCUGAUCAACUCAAGGAACUAUGUUGUAGUUCUCCAUGCUGGGUGCAAAUGAAAAAGUGCUGAAUUCAAAACAGGAUGGAAAAAGAAGGCAAGAGUGACCAGCUUCAGAAAUUCUGACACAGGAAGACAGUUUGGGAAGUAAAAUCCAGGAAAGCGACGCGUAUAACAUCUCAGGACUCAACGUGAAAACAGAAUGGAAGAGUUGCAUCCAUCUUAUUUUUGUGAGUUGAGAGACUAUUUCUCUCUCAUUUAUGUUUUUCAGUGAUGUUUUCCAUGUAUUUUAGAGAUACUCAUUCUCUAUUAUCUUGUGUUUGUAAAAAACAUUAAAAUUUUGAGCCUAUGUGCUUAUUACAGGGAAAAAACACUCUUACCUGGCUGCAGUCUUUGGGUAGAAACAUUUCUAACCUUUCUAGAAUUUAUAUAGGGGCUGUUAACUCUAACCUUUUUAAAGCAAAUGUCUUUUAUUUCUACUUCAGGUAGAGGAAUAGUUCUAAACUUAAUAUUAUAUUCCCAGGUAAAAUAUUAAAAAUGUUAAGUGAGAAUUUAGUCUUCUAAAAAUGGUAGAGCAGGGCUUCUCUGGUGGCGCAGUGGUUGAGAGUCCGCCUGCCGAUGCGGGGGACACAGGUUCGUGCCCCUGUCCGGGAGGAUCCCACAUGCCGAGGAGCGGCUGGACCCGUGAGCCAUGGCCACUGGGCCUGCGCGUCCGGAGCCUGUGCUCUGCAACAGGAGAGGCCACAACAGUGAGAGGCCCGUAUACCUCAAAAAAAAAAAAAAAAAGGUAGAGCAAAUCAUAAGGUUUCUGAUAUUUGAAUACCAUUCUCUUCCAAUCUUAAAGCAAUUCUAGUGUUCUUAAGAUUGUUUAUUUACAUGUCUGUUUGCUAUCCUUUCUUCCUUGAAAUUGUCACAUGAGUUACAAAACUCUAUUAAGUUUUGAAAGCUCCCUUAAGUUGGGAAACCUUUGCUAAAAGUGUAGGUGUUUGGCCCAAGGUUACCCUGGGUUAAGACUUCUGGAGAUUAUAAAUCGGGAUUGAAAUUCCUAACUGCUAACAUGUUUGACAACUAGUUAUUUGUGUGGCAACUUCGCCAGUAGCCACAUCUCAUAUGGUAAAAUAAAUAGGACUUUAGAUCUUAAAUCGUUCAUAAAUUAUUAUCCUGAAAUUCAGGGCAUUCAGAUUUCAAAAGGGAUACUUUAUCAGCAUUUUUUUAUCUGGCCAAACAUAAGCUGACAUUGAUACAGGUCAGAAUGAGUAUAUACUUUUUGUGUGUAUACUCUUGGUGUUGGAAAUAAGUAUAGGUUUUUAUGGUCAUCAUCAUCAUCUUAGAUUUUUUCUUUUCUGGACUCAGAAAUAAAAGCUUUCUCUAGGUGAUCACUUCUAUCCAGGAAGAACUUUCUGUGUAGAGUGUGGAGCUUCCCCAAGAAUGACCACAGGCUCCACAAGGAAGUCCCUGUAAACACUACAUUUCUUGGAAGAACCAUCAGCCUGUCCUUUCCUGAACCGCAGACAUGGUUCCACAGGUUUUAAAAUGGUUCUUUACACUUCAGAAGCUAUAUUUAAUGGAGGAAGGGGAGAAAGGUAGGGAAAGUUAAUGCCUCCUUUUCUCUUCUUCCUUAAGUUCAAAGUCUUUUGCUUUGGAAUGCCAGGCACUUCUCCCUAUUCACAUGCUCCUGGUAUCAUUCACUUAUUCAAGGCACCUGCGCCCUUUGCUCCCCUAAUUGACCACUUUCCUUCUGGUUGCCGCUGAUUUUGGGAGUGUGAGAUUUGUUGUUGAGAGUGAAAGUAAGGCCAUUGUAUAGACCUUAUACAGACAGAGACAGGAAUUCAGAGUAGGUCCAGUGGGCUUACCACCUUCUUGUGAGUGAGCAUAAAGUAGCUGUUUGUGGAAGUCUCUUAGGAUACCAAAUAGAAUAUUAUGCCACUGGUAUUAGGGAGUGUUUAUAAACUGAAAGGAACACAUACCUAUGUUUCCUGGGACACAAAGUAUUCAGAUCCUGAGUGGAUGCAGUCAUAAAGCCAAACACCAACCAAAAUCAGGUCCCUCAGUCUACAUUUCAUGGGGUUUGUUUAGUUAUGCCGUGUGGUUCAGUGCUUCAUAAGGAAGCUGAAGAUGAGCUGAGUUUCUUCUUCAGUAGAAAAAAUGGAAACUAAUAACAUGGAAUAUGUUUUGGGGGCAGUGCGGAAGCACAGAGAAUGAGAUGGUGCUGUUCAGAGGAAUCUGUUUCUUUUCCAGUUGAUCUUUAGAACUAUAGAAUAACCUAUAAUUUAGUUCCUCUUCAGUAAGAAGCUUGGGACACACCCAGCAAGAAGAAUCAGGAUCAAGCUCUUCCAAAAGAAACAGAAGAGGGUAGUGUUGCCAGCUGCCAGCAUCUUUACCACCCCUCCCCCCAAUACCCUAUCCACUGUCCACCAUGGCUCCAAAGAUGCAUCAGCAUCGUGCCCAUGCAGAUAUCAGCUUGCGAGUAGAACAUCCAUGCUUCCUCAGGGGGAAAGAAGACAACGUGCUGGCUGUAAGAAUGUAGCCGGCUUUUGAUCAGAACCCUUACCUAACUUGAUCACGGGCUCCCAGGGCAGUUCAAGCCUCUGAUGUGCAUAUACUCCAACAAACCUGGCUUCGGUUUUCAGCAUGUAGAGCUUGCAGGUGUGCCCCCAUAGCUAGACUCCAGGAUUAAAUCGACUUUCAAAAUGUGCUGGAUUGGAGUUUGUUCAAAUUUCUCAUUAACCACUAAUGUUAAUUCAUACCAAAGGCAAAGCAAUUCUAAACCAGCUGAUGUUGUUAGUGUUCAUAUUUUAAGCCACUUCAAACACAGUGAAAGGGUUUCAGUGGGAGCUGAGUCUCAGAAGUAAAAAUCCAUAUGUUACAAUAACUCUUUGAUGUAUCAGGUGUGGGAUGAUUCCUAGGGGACAUAUUUGAACAAGCAGAAUUAAGAGUUAGCAAAAGUGCUGCAUUGCUUUGAUUCACAUGUUUAAAGACCUAAAUUUCUACGUGCAAGGAAGAAAGGGCCCAUUCACCAGGGUAAGUCACAACAUAGGCUACCAAAGUGUUUUCUAUUUGCUAGAAGAACAAGGCUGUCAUAGCACAUAAUAAUUGCUCAGAGAAGGUUGAGAAAGAGGAAAAUUUGGAUUUUGAGACAGGAUAUCCUAUUUAGUAUUCAAUGCCAAGAUCUUAAAAUGUUCAGUGUAGUGUGUCUUACAAGACAGCAAUGAGGUGCCCGUAACAGCCUGGAGAUGCUGUGAGUUUGCAGAUCUUUCUGGAGGGCCCUGGGAAUCUGAGCUUUGUUCCCUGUGCAUGGUGCAUAAAUGAAUCCAAGAGGACACAGAACAGACACAUGGGAGAUUACUUCUGCAGUCCUUGUCUUCUGGACCAUAUUAUUCACUGAUAAUAUACUAUAUAGGACUACCGAACAAUACAUACCUACCGUGAGUCUGGUAGAAAAGUAAAAGUAAAAGCUGACAACUACAUACAGUUUAUUAUUCUAAUGUAAGUAGAACUAUCUGCAUAUAAUGUGAUUUAAUUUAUUGUUGUUUUGUGUAGAAAACGAGAAUUAAUGACUGUGGAUAUAACCCCUGUUUUGUAUAAUAUAUUUUAUUUCUGGUGCAAAUCGGUCAUUUAAGAUAUCUUCAUUUGGUGUUUGGAUAUAAAUGUGUAUGUGUUCUUGUAAAUGUUUCUGUUAAGCAAGAACGCCACAUG